UGAUGCCCCGCUUCCGUUAAUAAUUGUUUCUGACUUUCCCUAGCACUCUGGGGUUGGUGAAUGUCAAUGAGAGGAACGUAACAAUUAUGAUUGCGGUGCUUGUUGUGUCAUCGCAGUGUUUCCUGUGUAGAGUGUAGAUGUGCCCCACUUCCGGUCACUUGACACUUAUUAUCCAGAGAAGGGGAAGAUUGUGUGUCGGUGUCACCUGCCCUGGGAGCACAUCAAGAUGUCUUUUCCAGAAUUCCAAACCGUUGUUAAAGGUGAAGCUUCUGAAACUGAUGAUGAAGAAGAGAUGUAUGUGACAUCUGUCCCAGUGAGUACCCUAUCUGCUGCUUGCGGUGUAAAAAUCCAAGGAGAAGCUUCAGAGACAGAUGACGAAGAAGACAGUAUUGAGGAUAGAAAUGACAUGCAUUCCAAGAGGCUGGAAAAGGAGCUCCCUCCGCUGGUGGUCAUCAGAAAUGAGGGAGAGAGCUCUCCUGUUACUUUGGAGGAAAAACCGCUUGUGAAUAUCCAGCAGCCAGGCCGUUACAGCACUUUAUUACAGCAAAAACUUCUUGAAAGUAAUGCACGGCUGUACCAUGAUGUCAAUAACACGAUACGACAGGUCUAUCAUACAACUACCAGUGAGAUCCGGACUUUGACCAGCCAGCUGAAUAACUCACAAAAUGGCAUCAUUAACGCAUCUCACAACAUUCGGCUUGCCCUUGAAGACUUGAAAGGGGUGUCUGAUAAGAUUGACAUCAUAACCAGCUGUAACCUACUACCUGAUAUCAGGAUCUGACUGUGUAACCCAGUACCUGAAUGUUCCUUUAUUGUAAUGGUUCAAAGAAUACAUGAACCUGUGCUUUGCCCAUUUGAAGCAAAGUAAUGCCUCAUACACACGAUCGGAA